AUCCAAAAAAAUUGGUAAACAAUCUUGUCACUCUCCAUACGGUUGCUACAACUGACUGUCCGUGCAUACCAUAACCUUAACUUUAGAGGGUAUCUGCAGGUGGAUAACCGUUGCAAACAAUUAGGUAACAUGUCAGCAGCAGAUUCCGUUUUAAAUGGAAUUUACAGGCCGAACCUGGCACACAUUCUCCACCCGGUGACCCUGCAGCACAUGGUUCGAGAGUGGCUGAAAGAAGACACCCCUAAUUUUGAUUAUGGAGGAUUUGUGGUGGGUGAGAAGGAAGAGACAGCUGUGUUGUUGAUGAAAAGCGCCGGCGUCCUUGCUGGCAAUCCUUUCUUUGACGCAGUGUUUAAGGAGCUUGACUGCAAAGUAACGUGGAGCAGUCCAGAGGGUGAUUAUAUAGAACCGGUAACCAGAGUGGCCACUGUGACAGGCAAGGUGAGACAACUCCUGUUAGGAGAAAGAGUGGCCCUCAACUGCUUGUCCAGAGCAAGUGGCAUAGCCAGUGCUGCGGGACGAAUGCGUAAAAUUGCAGAAACUGCAGGAUGGUGUGGAGAAAUUGCAGGAACACGGAAGACAACACCUGGUUUUAGAUUAGUGGAAAAAUAUUCUCUUUUAGUUGGAGGAGUGUCUACUCAUCGAUAUGAUUUAUCUUCAAUGAUAAUGUUAAAAGACAACCAUAUAUGGACUGCAGGCAACAUUACGAAGGCAGUGAGUGACGCCCGUGUUGUCGGGGGAUUUUCCACAAAGGUGGAGGUGGAAUGUCGAUCAGUGAAGGACGCAACAGAGGCGGCCGAGGCUGGGUGUGAUGUCGUGAUGCUUGACAACUUCUCUCCAAAGGCAAUACCUGCUGCAGCAAAGGAACUAAAAGAGAAGUUUCCAAACCUGAUCGUGGAGGCUAGCGGCGGAAUAAACGAGACCACUCUUCUGUCGUACCUGGACAAACAUGUUGAUGUAGUGUCUCUUAGUCGACUCACGCAGGGCUACGAGACUGUGGACUUCUCACUGAAGAUCUUAAAGGACGGUGUGGACCCUAGAAACUUACAAGUAGAAACCACAUGAUGUGUGGAUGUCUCUUAGUCGACUCACGCAGGGCUACGAGACUGUGGACUUCUCACUGAAGAUGUUAAAAGGAAGGUGUGGACCCUAGAAACUUACAAGUAGAAACCACAUGAUGUGUGGAUAUCGCACGUUCUGUCACUAUUAAACCGACAUGAUUGUCUCCCCUUGACCAGAACUGGGCAUUGAUAGGAACAAAGUGGUUUAUAAACAUAGAACUUUUGUUAGGUGAAUUUAGUCAGACCAUGUAGAAUGUUCAAGAUCAAUGCACAAGCUCCUCAGAAAAUGCGACUAAUCUAACCAAUCUGGUGCUAUUUGUAAUGGGUCAAAUAAUUCAGCCAAAUAAUGUAAAUUGUAUAUUUUUGGAAACAGUUUAUGUAGUUUAAACCUAGUCACUGCAAAAACUGCCUUGGCUGUCAAAUCAAGCUCUCCAAGAACGAUUCCGGUUGUCUGGUCCAGGCAGGGUAUUAUUCCUUAACUUCAUGAAGGUAACGAGUCCCUCCUCUUUUCUACUGUGUACAGGCAUUGUAAGUAUUUUUAAUGUUGAAUUUAUACUCUUUCCUUCUACAAAGACAUUGAUAUUAGGUUGUGGAUCUUUUAAGGAAUUUUUUCCCCAGUGAGAAUUGGUGAAAUAUAUUAUCAAAACAUGAGCAAGCAACUUUCAAGUAAGAAAAAUGUUAACGGAUCGGAACACUUUAUUUAUUGGAGAUACAACGCAGUGUUGAGACUCGCUACCUUAACAUGAGGAAAAUGUGUAUGUACUCAGGUCAACUUCAAGAUGUGAUCCAAUUUAGUUUUCUACAAAUGUUUGUCCAUAUUAAGUAAUAUACGUUUGUGUAGUUAGGGCACCAUAAAUCUGCCAUUCCUAUAUAUCUGUCAGCAAUUCAUACACCGAUUCCAAAUUACUACUGGUAUUCCAAAUAUAGUUAACAUGGUACUUACUACAGAACUCGGGAAAGAUGCCUGUGACUGCAAGAAGCACAAUAGUCUAUUGGUAGGACGCCAGGCUCGUGGGUUCGAGUCCCGGCAGGAUACUGUGUUUGAGCAAGAUACUUUACUCCGCUUGUUCCAGUCUACUCAGCUGUAAAUGAGUAUGUGGUUGGACAGGGCUAUAAUUAUUGAAUGGUAGCUGUGAGCGCCGAAAUGGCAGCACCGGCUUUAUGCUAUCCAGGGAGUUGAGAAAGAUAUUGGGUCGUAAC